GGCUGAGCGCAGCGCAGCACCGGCGCGAGGAUGAGGAUGGAUUAUAACUGAUGAAGAGAGACGCAAAAUGAUGGGCUGUUCAUCACAGCAUGUGUGUUCGUGACAGCGGGACUGAUUUAUUCACCUCUUAUGUUUGUUCAUGUGGGCUGAUGAAGUUCACCUGAUGCUGAGACGGAUGGUUUACGCAUAAGUGCAUAAGAAAGUGAGCUUCCUCCAACUGAACCUCAAGGACAAACUCACGGAAUGUAAAUAUUCAUUGCAAAAAAUAAAAAAUAAUUGCGUUACUUUUGAUACCCAAACCGUCUAAAACCCCCAAAACGACCCAAAAACCGUUUUGCGCGCUUUGUAGUUGAACAUCGCACCAAAUGCCAGCAGUAUUCUGAGGGGAUGGAUGUAACCUAUUUAUUUUCAUCUACAAGCACGCGAACCUACAAACGAAGUAGACAAGUGAACGGUCAAAACAUCUGAAAAGCAUGUAAGACCACUGCUGUGAGGUUACGACGCGGAAAUGCCGGUUUGAUGAUGAUUGGAGAACUAUGUGUCAGCGGAGCGUUAUAACGGUCCGCCAAUGACGGAAAGUUGACGAACAUUGUUUUUAGUUCAUUUAAUUUUGUUUUCUUGUAUUAUUCGACGAAAUAACGUGAUGUUUUUGUUAAUAAGAAACGCUGUUUUAAGUCCUGACGCGACACCGCGACGCGUCGUUUAGUGUUUGCGCGCACAGCGUUCUUCUGAGGGUCAGUGUGUGUCCUUCUGUGGGUUCAUGUUCUGCUGGCCGCUCGUGCUGCUGGUGAUGGGCUGUAUUCAGAGCAUCAGAUGCAAACCCAAGAGUUUCCGGGACAGCAUCAUGGUUCUGGAGGUGAACUCCUCCAUCGACUCGAACCCCACCAGCAUCGACGAGUCCUCCAGCGUGGUGCUGCGCUACCGCACGCCGCAUUUCCGCGCGUCCGCCCGGGUCCUGGUGCCGCCGGUGGCCGAUAAAGAGAGCUGGACGGUCGGCUGGAUUCAGGCGUGCAACCACAUGGAGUUUUACAACAACUACGGAUCCAAAGGGAUGUCCAGCUGGGAGCUGCCGGAUCUCCAAGAUGGAAAAAUCCAAGCCAUCAGCGACUCGGAUGGCGUCAACUACCCCUGGUACGGCAACACCACCGAGACCUGCACCAUCGUGGGUCCCACCAAGAAGGACACCAAGUUCACCGUCAGCAUGAAUGACAACUUCUACCCCAGCGUGACAUGGGGCGUCCCGGUGAGCGACAGCAACGUGCCCAUGCUCAGCAGCAUCUGGAGGGACCAGAGCUUCACCACGUGGCUGGUGGCCAUCAACCAGGCAUCGGGCGAGAUCCUGGAGCUGCAGACGGUGCGCUGGCACAUGCGUCUGCACAUCGAGGUGGAUUCCGACAAGCCACUGGGACAGAGAGCCAGGCUGUGCGAACCCAUCGCGCAGGAGCAGCCGCAGGUGCUGGGGAAGAACGAUGCCAUCCCGCCCAACGCCAUGGUCAAACCCAACGCCAACGAUGCUCAGGUACUGAUGUGGCGGCCGCGGACAGGCGAGUCGUUGGUGGUCAUCCCUCCCAAACACUGAGACCAAAUCGGUUUGGAAAUCACUGUGCUAAACGCCAUUGCAAAAAGACAAAGUGGGAAUAUUGCAUCUCAGAUGGAUGGAAAGAGUGUCCGAUUCUCGCUGCCUUACGUUUACAUUGCUUUCACUGCAAACUCUUCGCCUUAAACCGAGUGCAAUGCAGUACACCUCGCACAUCCUACCUGUCCCUAUUUGCACUGGAUGUGUCCCAGUUAGUCGUCGUCUAAUGGGACUGCGAUGACCGCCGCGCGCCCAACCAAACGAGGACACAGUCCUUAUGCAUUCAGUGUUUUCAGCACGAGCUUCAGUGUUUUAGUUUUCCGUCAACCAGCCACUUCUAGUGUGUUCUACAAGAGAGUCCGAGCCGAGAGUCCAAAAAUAUAUAUUUUCUACAUGAGUUGCUGUGUCAGUCAGUGUCAAGACGUCAUGGCCAAUCGAUAGAGUUCUUACGAGCUAACGUGCAAUCGGUCCAUUCUGCUGGUGUUUGAAUGAGAUGUGCAUACGGCGACAGGAGCGCUGAUGGCUGCAUCUGCUCUCGUCAUCCAUCUGCUCCUCAACUCAAACACCAUCAGCAGAAGCUGAAGAGAGAAACGUCACGUGUCGUUCUCUAAUAAAUGCACUGAAAAACCCUAGAAUGAGUGAAACUCGUGUCCAGGCAACAAUUCUGCACAAGAACUAGACAUUGUUUUCAUGGCAGUACUACAGAUGUGACCAUGAUGUACGUCAAAAGUUUGAAAAAAUUUCAGAUUUUUUUUUAAGAAGUCUCUUCUGCUCAC